AUGCGUGCUUACAACGCCUUUUUGGUCACCACGGUCGUUCUUCUAACUACCAGCAACUUUGUCUCCGCGGGCACGAACGCACAAGGGACCAAGUCUGGCCAGCGGCACCUGCGAAGCGAUGACAAGAACGACGCGGACGCUGCUUCGGUCCACGAAGACAGAGAUGGUCUGUUCUCGCUCCCCGAGGAGCUAGAGGAACUGGUCGAGACGCACCAUCACAUCAGGGAAAUAUUUACCAGGUGGUGUCUGGAAAAGAAAGAACCGAAAGAGGCUGAGGAGGAAGCGAAGUCGGAAAAAGAAGCCAAGUAUGCGAAACUUUACAAACUGUACAUGAACAAUGCCGCCGGAGACAAGGACCGAAGGAAGCUUGAAGUGAAGGGGUUGGAGUGCAAUCUUCUGAAGAACAAGGAAAGCUAA